GUAUCGCGGCAGGUGUAUUCUUUACUCCCCCAUAGUAAAACUAUGGGGGCCCCCCCUCCUGCAGGGGCGGUCAGUGACGUUGGUGACUAUUAAACUUAGAGGCGGACACACGGCCCUAACACACAAAUACCUCCUUCAGGGAGAUGAGAAGCCGUUCUGUGUCGAAUGCGACACAGAUUUUACCAUUAGGCCAUAGACCUAUUAUUAGCCGAGACUGCGCGUCACGUGACUUUCGAUAUGCACACAACAUGGCUGCCCCCUGUCAAAACAGUUGGGCAAGCUGAGAGAGCGAGGUUUGAGCGUUAUCAGCAGGAUUUCGUUAGAUCUACACGAUGGUUCAAAAUUGCUGUGUCGUCUUUUGCAACAACAGAAGUUUCAAGGGAUGUUCAGUUUCAUUUCACAGCUUCCCCCAUCCCAUCAAAGAUGCUGAGCGGAGGCAAAAAUGGAUCUCUGCCAUCAGCAGAGCUGAACCUGACGGCAAACCUUAGAUGCCGAAGAAAAACGACAAAGUAUGCAGUGAACACUUUCUGCCAAUAGAUUAUGUGGAUGGAAAAGAAAGACAUACUCUGAAUGGAAAGGCUGUACCAUCUAAGUUUCCUGGCUAUCCAGCUCACAAGCAACAAGCCGACAAGAAACGUCCAUCACCAAACAAACGUAAACUUCCGUUACCAGAAGAACCAUCCCCAAAACGUCCAACUUUAAACCCUUCAGUGUCUGUUGGGCUUGACCACACUUAUCACUCGCCUUCUACUGAAGUCAAAGUCCAACAGCUCCAGAAGAAAUGGAAAGAGGCAUGUGGCAAAUUAAAGGAAAAGAACAGGGAGGUGAAAUUACUCAGUGAGAAAUUGAAGAGACGAGAGUCUAAGAUCUCGACGCUACUGGAGAAGCUGCAGGAGCUCAAGCUUAUAAACGAGGAACACUGCGAAAUCCUGAAGGAAAAUUUUCCGGAAAACACGUUCUUGCUCAUUGAGAAUGAGUUGGCACAACAGGGGAAACUCAAGUCUCAGCUGCGAUAUUCAGAUGAAAUCAAAGCAUUCGCUGUAACACUGCACUAUUACAGCGCUGCUGCAUAUGAGUAUCUUAGUACGUUCCUCCAUCUUCCCCAUGCAGCAUCGAUCAGGAGGUGGGUGUCAUAGUACAAUGUAGAGCGUU